CUGCAGCAAGCACCCUGCUUAACUCACACCUUACACGUGGAUAGAAAUGGUAGCUGGAUCAUUUACCGACAAGCAUGCCCUUGGAGAGGCGCAGAGUAAACCUGCACGCACUCAGAAGAGGGUCAUCGUCACCGGCGGGAGUGGCAAGCUGGGCAAGGAGGUCGUCAUCUACCUCGUGGAGGCAGGUUAUAUCGUCGUGAAUGUCGACAAGUUCGCACCGGCGAAGGGCGUUGCCCCCGUAGGCGUCAAGUAUGUCUAUGCCGACUUGACCGAUAUGGGUCAGGUGAUGGAGUGUCUUUCCGAGAUCGACGGCUCCUACAAAGGCGUAGACGCCGUCGUGCACCUCGCUGCCAUCCCCGCAGCGGGCAUGUCCGCCAACUCCCAUCUCUUUGGGAACAACGCCAUGGCGACCUACAACAUCCUCGAAGCCUCUCGCAAGCUCGGGAUCAAGAAAGUCGUCCUAGCGUCGAGCGAGACGCUCAUCGGACUUCCCUUUGACCCGCAUCAUCCAGCCAGCUUGCCCAUAACGGAGGAAAGCGAGCGUAGGCCGGAGAGCGCGUACUCGCUCAGCAAGCUCGUGGGCGAGGUCAUGGCUGACCAGUAUGCUCGGUGGGACCCAGAGCUGAGCGUCUUCUCCCUUCGUUUCUCUAACGUCAUGUCACGGGAAGACUAUGUCCGCUUCCAUACCUGGCAACAUGAUCCCUUCCUGCGCAAGUGGAACGCCUGGGGCUACAUCGAUGGGCGUGACGGGGGCCAGUUUGUUGAGCUGUGUAUCUCCUCCCCCCUCAAGGGGCACCACGAGUUCCUCGUCGCGAACGAGGAGACCGUCAUGGAAGCCCCCUCGGCUGAGCUCUGCGCAAAGGUCUUCCCCAACGUCAAGUAUACGCCUGUACCUGGACUGGGGCCGAACCAGACUGUGCUCAGUAUCGAGAAAGGCAAGAAGCUGCUCGGGUUCAAGCCCAAGUACAAAUGGACAGAGCAGGUCCAGGAGGCACAAAAGCUCGUAGCGGCUAUGGAGGGAAAGUAGUUGACCAUGCUCCCUCAUUUUGCAGCUAGAGCGCCCUGCGGGGCCGAGUGAGCAAGCUCGCAAGGGAUGGAUGUAUCGAUAUCGAUCGUAGAUGAAUUAAGAACGCCUAUGUGCCCUCUAAUACUUCCAUGAGCUCCUUCCGUCUCUUUCUUGCCAUCGCCACGCACUCGCCCACAACUUUUAUACCAUCUGCCAUCCCCGGCUUUUUUGCAUCUUCUAGCCCAGCAGGACCAGCGACGUUGACCCCUACGCGUCCGGAAUCACCUACCGAUAUUGUGAUGAGUGUAUCCAGCAAGGGCUCUUCGAAUGCGGAGGGAUCGGCUAGUAGAUGUUGCCUGGAGAAGACCCCAAACGUUAGUGGGAUUCGGUGGUUCUGGACUUUGAACGGAACUCGUUCUUCCUGCGAACAGAUGACUCGCUUCUUGUCCUCAUCCCAGUGCGCUUUGGGUAAUGUAGUGUUCCUCAGCGCGGCUAGGCAGGCGAGCACACUGGCGUCAAAGGCGUUCCCGUCGUGGUUUAUGCAGACGAGGUCCAGGUAGAGCACCCACGCAGAUUUGCCGGGUUCGAUACAGAGCGCCUCCAGGUCGACCACUCCUUCUCCAACAAGGAGCUCAUACAGUCUCUCACUGCAUACCUGCGCCUCAUCCCCUGGCGGCCCAGGCCUAUACUUCGGUCCACAUAUGGCCGGUAAAUCCAAGUUUGGCACCAACCAUCCCCUCUUGCCCUUCCCCGCACCUCCUGCCGCGUCGGGCUCUGCAAGUUCGGCCUUGACGCCGCAGACAACGGUAGUUUCUCCUAGUCUUACUAGGGCGCUGCCAUCGGCGGUGGAGAUGGCGCCUAGGUUGAGCUGCACAGGACGGGAAGAGGACGGAGCGCGCCCGUCCAGCCUGUAUGAGGAUUCGAGGAAGCGAGAGAGAUAGGCAUGCGGCUGUAUGCGGCUGUAUAUCUGUGGAUCUAGCGCUGGAGAUGAGGAUGUAGGCGCGGGCGCCAUCUUGGACGCAGUGGCCGC